UGCUUGGGGGUUUGUUAAGUGAUUUGGGAAUUAAAUAAAACUUCGGAUUUGCGAUACAUUUGUACCACUUUCAACAUGGUUGAUAUCCAGUAACGGCUAAAGUAUAGCAGCUCACGUGGGACGUUGUGUGGUGUUUUUAGCUGCUCUGGUCAGGAGUGCUAGCAUACACAACAAGAAAGCGCACAAAUCGAAAAUCAGCACUUUUCCGUCUUCUUGACCGGGGUCCCUGGGAACCUGUGGGGGAUCCCCCACCUUACUGAAGAGCUCCUGUUCUCAUAACACGCCGCUACCUAUUUAAAGUGCAAACAUGGUGUUAGCAGACUUGGGGAGAAAGAUAACAGCGGCGCUGCGCUCCCUCAGCAAUGCCACCAUUAUCAACGAAGAGGUUUUAAAUGCUAUGCUAAAAGAGGUCUGUGCUGCCCUGUUAGAAGCUGACGUGAACAUCAAACUGGUGAAGCAGCUCAGAGAAAAUGUCAAGGCAGCCAUUGACCUCGAGGAAAUGGCCUCUGGGCUGAAUAAGAGGCGAAUGAUCCAGCAUGCUGUUUUCAAGGAGCUUGUUAAGCUGGUGGACCCUGGUGUAAAAUCAUGGACACCUACAAAAGGAAAGAACAACAUCAUCAUGUUUGUUGGUCUUCAGGGUAGUGGAAAAACCACAACAUGUACUAAGUUGGCAUAUUACUACCAAAGAAAAGGAUGGAAAACAUGCUUGAUCUGUGCUGACACUUUUAGAGCAGGUGCCUUUGAUCAGCUUAAACAAAAUGCAACAAAAGCCAGAAUUCCCUUUUAUGGAAGUUACACAGAAAUGGAUCCAGUCAUAAUAGCUGCUGAGGGAGUUGAAAAAUUCAAGACAGAAAACUUUGAAAUAAUCAUUGUUGACACUAGCGGAAGACAUAAGCAAGAAGAUUCACUGUUUGAAGAAAUGUUGCAGGUUUCGAAUGCUGUGCAACCCGACAACAUCGUGUACGUGAUGGAUGCAUCUAUUGGUCAGGCUUGUGAGGCUCAGGCUAAGGCCUUCAAAGACAAGGUAGAUGUGGCGUCCGUCAUUGUUACUAAGCUGGAUGGCCAUGCUAAAGGUGGUGGUGCUCUUAGUGCAGUUGCUGCCACAAAGAGUCCUAUCAUUUUCAUUGGCACAGGCGAGCACAUUGAUGACUUUGAGCCUUUUAAAACUCAGCCCUUCAUAAGCAAACUGCUUGGCAUGGGAGACAUUGAGGGACUUAUAGAUAAAGUAAAUGAGCUCAAACUUGAUGACAAUGAGGAGCUAAUUGACAAACUUAAACAUGGUCAGUUCACACUCAGGGACAUGUAUGAGCAGUUCCAGAACAUCAUGAAAAUGGGACCCUUUGGGCAAAUCAUGGGUAUGAUCCCAGGCUUUGGAACAGACUUCAUGAGUAAAGGAAAUGAACAGGAGUCUAUGGCCAGGUUAAAGAAACUCAUGACCAUAAUGGACAGUAUGAAUGACCAAGAACUGGACAACAAAGAUGGUGCAAAGUUGUUCAGUAAGCAGCAAAACCGGGUUCAGAGGGUGGCACGGGGUGCAGGUGUAGCCACCAGAGACGUGCAGGAACUACUUACCCAGUACACGAAAUUCGCUCAGAUGGUCAAGAAAAUGGGUGGCAUUAAAGGUUUAUUUAAAGGAGGCGAUAUGUCCAAGAACGUUAACCCAUCUCAGAUGGCCAAACUGAACCAGCAGAUGGCAAAGAUGAUGGAUCCCAGAGUGCUGCACCACAUGGGUGGCAUGGCUGGUCUACAGUCGAUGAUGAGACAGUUUCAGCAAGGCGCGGCUGGCAACAUGAAAGGAAUGAUGGGAUUCAACAAUAUGUGAACACGUUCAGUCUUUAAUAAAAAGAAUGGAAACGAUCCUGAUGAAUUUUAAAUAAGUGAAGAAGGAUUUUUUUUUUUUUUGCUUAAGAUAAUAGUGAUUUAUAAAACCAUGUAAAAUAUUCAGAGACUUGAGUAUUUAUAAAAUCAGAAAAUUUCUGGAGAAAGCUUUCAGUGAUCAGUUUCACUUUAAAGUUUGGUCAGUGAGAUAUAAGUAGUUUUAAAACAUUUAACUACAUUUGAAGCCAACAUCCUGUAAUACAGAUAUUUUUUUCUCUGCUGAGUUGUAUAAAUGCGGUCUAAAUUAAAAUUAAUGUUAACUAGUAUGUGUUUUUACUUUAAGACUGCAAGGAAAGGAGGAAUGUUUAUAAAGGAGUCAGCUCUGGCUACUUGUGUACAACAUGCUCUUUUUAAAAUUGUUGCUAGUAAUUGCUGCUGUCAUUUUGUGAGAAUCAACUCAAGGGAGACAAAUUUCAUGCCCCCUUUUGUGAUUAAGAUGUUUACAGUUGGGGUAAAACAUUUAAAAGAUCUUGUCUGUAAUUUUUUUUCCCCCCUGGAAUUGCCCAAGAAGAACUUUGGCUUUGUAUGUGAGACAAAAGAACUGUAUUGUCAGAUGAGUCUAUGGCAAUAUUUUUGUCAUAAUAUAAUAAAUUUAUAUAGCAACAUUUUAA